AUAUGAAACCACGGCCGAUCCAAUGGGUUUAUCUUCAACGGAUAAAUUAAUUAAAAUAUACAUUUAUCCACACCCAAUUUUAUUAUAAUAUUUUGCAGUUAGACCGCUGGAGAGUUGUAGAUUUACAAUGAAUAAAUUUAUUCUACUGAAUUUUUUUUUUUGGGUCAAAUUCUACUGAAUUAUUUUGGAAAGAUAGUACUAUAAAAUAAAAGAUUCAUUUUUGAAUACUUAUUCAAAUGAUGUUGUUGAAGUAUACUAUACCCCCUCCUCCCAAUUUUAGUUUGACAAAACAAAAUCCGUAAUGUUUAUAUAUUUAUGUUAGGUUUUUAGAGACACCGAAACAAAAUGAUUUGUGGUUUUAAGACGAUGUUGUAAUCAGUGCCGGCCUUGAAUAUUUACAGACCGGAAACAAAGUUAUAAAAAUAAGACUCUUUCAUAAGUAGAAAUAUUAAUUAAUCUAUUUUCAGUAAAUGAUAUAUAUAUAUAUAUAUAUAUAUAUAUAUAUAUUAAAAUGUAUGUGUAUGAAGAAAAUAGUAUUGUAGUCUAUCAAACUCGUCACCUUGGAUUCAAAAAUAACCACGCUAACCACUGACUAGCUAAAGACUUUUGUAAGUAAUUGGCUGGAAAAUAACUUUACAAAUUGAAGGCUGGAAGCUCAAGCUUCCACCGCUUCCGGUCAGGGCCGCUACUGGUUGUAAUAUACUUCUAAUUAAGGAAUUUCAACCAUUUUUUUGGUUAAAUAAUCCGAGACCGGAUACACAUGAGUUAGUUUCUUUUUGGAAGUGUCUCGCAUUUUAUAAAAUCUUCAGAUGUUGGAAAAUAUCAAAAUAUAUUUAUAAAGAUGAUGGAUGUGUUUGGAUUGUUAUAGUAAAGAAUGUGCGAUGUCAAUAGAAUGGUUAUACAUGAUAUGUGGGAUAAAUAUAUAUAUAUAUAUAAAUAUAAUAACAGAGCCUUACGAAGUUUUGGCCACCCUCCGAUUUCGUAUUGUUUAAUUAAUAUUAGCGAGUUUAUAUUUGGUAACAUAAUAUUAGCGAGUUGCUAUUAGGCAUUGAGAAAUUAAUUAAUCCCUAGGUUUUGAAGAAGUUUCAGUAUGAUUGACUAUUAUUUUGAUUCAGUGUUUAUCUUUCAUGUGGAUGAUGACUGUGAUUAUAUCCUAUAAUUCUUAAUUUGACUGAACCUAAAGAUUUUUAGAUUAACAAUAAAACUAUACUUAUAUACGCGGAAGGCAUUUAUAUAUAUAUAUAUAUAUAAGUAUUAAUACAAAAUAUUAUCACUCUUGAAACGUGUGUGAAUAUCUUAAUUGGUACUAAUGAAGAUUACCUGUCUAUAUCACAAGUAGUGUCAUGUCAACUAUCUCAUUUGGUAGUAACCCAAUAAAGAAAUCUCAUUUGAUAGUAAACUUUAACGAGUUACGAAUUUAACACUUAGUUUCGUAUUUAAUAUAAGAAAUCAUGGACCUUUUCUUACAAGACUAUGACAAAUAGUUUAACAAGAAAGAUUGGUAUCCAUGUUAAUAUAGAAUAUACCGAAUAUCAACAAACAUUUAGUUCUCAUGAUUUUGGUCGAAAACCUGUAGAAAGCCCUGAACAAACUGAACAAAAUAAUUGGAAACUACAAGCAAUCUUAUUCCCAGCGUGCUGCAUUUUGAGUUUCAAAUUAACAAGCAAUCUCAUAUUAUAACAGUCACGAAGGAUCCAAAAUCUAAGCUACUUGACAACCCUUUGUUCGUUUACCCGUGCUUAAUUAACAUCAAGGCAUCGAGGCCUUCACUAGUUAAAGCCCAAAAUCUGGUUUGGUCCUUUUGGGUUUUAGUCUCAUUUCACUCCCUAAACCAAAAAACUAAAAAGUAUGAUUAUCAAACUGUUAUUAAUCUAACACUUACUUGAAGUGACGAUUUAACACAUCAUCAUUUUUUUUGAAAUUCUAUGAAUUUAACACUUGGGUGAAAAUAUAACACCUUUUACUAGACUUACCUUCAAAAUUUUAUUCAUCCUGGUAUAUAUUCUGUUUUAUAGAGAUACUAAUAUGAUAAUAUCUAACAUUGAUAUAUAAACCUAAGAAAAUAAUCACAUCCAUAUAUGAAGAGUUAAAGUAACUAUUUGAUAAAAUAACUAAAUACGUAUAAGAAAACAUUACACAUUUUGAAACACUUAAUGAUAAGAGUGAAACCAUAUUAAAAUACCAUCUGUUAAUUUGAUAUCUACAUAGAAAAUGACAGUUAAUGAAAGAAAAAGAAGGUUAAAUUUUCCUAAACUGUCAAGUAUUUCUCUGUUAGUUACGUCCACUGUCCGGUCCCGCCUACUUCAAGAUUGUUAUGAAGCGAAAAUCAUAUGUACCUCAGAGAAAAGCAUAGACGUAGGUGUGUAUAUCAUGUAUAUAUUACACGGAUUACUAUAUAACUACUGUUGAUUCACAAGAAUACAUAAUACAAUAAAAUUUAUUUUCUAUGAAUGAUACACAAAAAUUAAAAUAAUGUAAAAAUUAAAACACUAAUAUACGUUAUUUGCGGAUAGCCACUUGGAACAAGCAAACAUAAAAGAUUUUAGAUCAGUCAGCUAAAAUCCAAAGUACGCAUCAUCUGCCUCCCCAAAAUCCCUACGAUCCGACUAAUCAAAUAUAUUAAAUUACAAGUCCUUGAUCGUUUAAUUUUUGUUAAUAUUAAUUUGUGAUAAUUGGCCUCCAUUAUUGUCAUUACACCCUUGCUUCAUCUUUUUCUUAAUCCACCACCUAAUAUUAAUCAUCUAGGGUUCCUCUAACCACCAAAAAAAGGAAGAAAACUUUCUUCUAGGGUUUACCGUAAACUUCUGAGCUGUCCCUCUAGAAUGGAGAAACCUGGUGGCUUCUUCAUCCCCAAGAAAAGCAACAAAGAAUCAUCAUGGGAAGAGCUAGCCUUCGCGGAAGACGAUGCCGCCGGAUCUUUGUGGCCGCCAAGAUCUUACGCGUGUAGCUUUUGCCGGAGAGAGUUUAGAUCGGCUCAAGCCCUCGGUGGCCACAUGAACGUUCACCGAAGAGACAGAGCACGGCUUAAGCAAUCUGACGAUCAAUACUUAUUUUCCAAGUCUUCUUCGUCUCCGGAGCAUCCAUCUCAUAAAAACAGUGAAACCUCUUGCUAUACUUUGGUUUUUAACUCCAAACCUAAUCAUUUUAAGUCUCAACACUCCCGUGCUAUUGAUCUUCCAUCUUCUCCUUCUUCUUUAUUAUAUCUGCCUCCUUCUAGGGUUUCUUCCGGUUUGCCUCAAAAACAAGAUACGUCCUCUUCUUCUCCAAACGCUAUAGAACCUUCUAACAAUUCUGAAAAUAUUCUCUCUUCUUCCCCAUGGUCGUGCCCGGAUACUUUCGUGAAGAAAAAGCGUUGUGAUCUUUACGAAACUCCGGUUAUAGAAGGAAGCAAGAAGAGAAAGAUCGAGAGAGAUGUGCCAAAGAACGGGGAUACAGCAAAUGUUAAUCUUGGAAACACCACUGAUCUCUCACUGAGAAUGAAUGUCGAGAUCCACGAGGGUUAUCCGAUUACUGCUCAAGUGAGCGAUAAAGAGACGGGGAGGGGUGGUAGCCUUAAGAGAAGACGAAUGCGUGAGAGUUCAUCGCAGCCGUCGAUUUUCGUUUCAAGUUUAUCUUGUAAGAGUGCCAUAAUUACAAGAAACGAGGAGAUCAAACAUAAGGGUGGUCACUUUGAGGAUUUAGAUCUUGAGCUUAGGCUAGGGGCUGAUCCACCAAAGGGAAAUUGAUUGAUGGAUAUCAUCCAAAAAAGUACGAGGCAGGGAAAAAAGUUAUAUACAAAAUGCAAAAUUUGUAUGGGAAUAUGUGUAUGUGUGUUACUUGGGUUUAUCUUUCCUUAGGUUUGCAUUGUCUAAAAUGUAUGGAUAUAUACAGAUUUUGGAGAGUUUCUUUCUAUUAUUUUGAGAAAUUUUAUGAAAAUAACAGUUCAAUGGAAUAAUAAAAAGUUAUAGGGAGUAUCAAGUAAUAUCAGAAUGUAAAGCACUGGAAGCUUGCAUAUAUAUAUCGUUAUAGGGAGUAUCAAGUAAUACACUACUUUCUCGUACUUAAAUAUUUUCGUAGCAUUUCUCAUAGUUAUAUUGGCAGAAUACAUCACAUUAUAGUUACAAUUCAAGAUAAUUCUCUCGCCAAUGAAUCAUAUACAAAGCUAAUUAUAACAUACCAAAAGAUCAUUCAUUUAUCAAAUAGUAUGACGUUGAGAUAUCAAUUCACAGAAGAUUAGUUGACGGGGUCACUGAUGGGCCAAUUAAUUUAUGGUUCAGUAUUUUUUUUGUUGGUAAAGCUUCAGUUAUGAUAAGUUAUUUAUAUGAAAUUAACAUAGGAACUCGGCAGCAAUUUAUAUAUGCGUUCAUAUAAAUACUUUACAAUUGACGGUCUAUGACCACGAUUACGUGAUUAGAAUUGUAACCACGAUCUAAGAUAAAGUCACAUGAUGAAGGAAUAUUUCUGUCACGAUUUCAGAGAGAGACAGAGAAUGAUGAAUAAUUGUCCCAUAGAUCUUAGUUUCCUAAUCUAUUAAUUUAUAUAGGGUUUCCGAUGGCUCUAAUGUGAAUAUGAUUUAUAUCUAUAGUUUGCGUGUAUUUUGGAUUUUCUGAAAAAAUAAUUAUUCGGCUUAUAUAUUUCAAUACUAGUUCAUAGAGAAAAUAAAGAAAAUCACAUAUAUGCGCAGUCAAAAUGUUGGUGUUAUCUGUUAUCCACUUAUCCUAUUCUUGCAUCAACUAACCGUGAGAGUUGCGAUCAAAGUAACUCUGGAUCAAUUAUAUCGCUGACCUAUUUUUAGUUGCAGCGGAAACAAACAUCAAGGAGAAAGGACGCUGAAAUUAUGUCCGACACAAGCGUCUCGUUUUUUGUCUUUCCGGCAAUUCAGUAGCCUACCGUAACUUUUGAUUCUGCUAUUUUGGUCUCCGUCGUAGUCUAAUUUUUGGCCGCUGCCGCUAAACUCUGUGUUUAUGAAAAGAACAGCCUUUAUGUAACCACGGUAAUCAUGAAUUAUAUGUUUAAACGUCCUAAUUAGCUCGUUUCCACGUACACGCGCACGCAUCUCAGUCCGGAACAUGUCAUUCUGUCAAAAUCAUAAAAAUAAGCAUAAGAAAGAGCACCAAAAUCCAAAUAUGUCCCAACACUUAUUCCCUUUCGCCUGUUCUGUCUCAGCAGAUUAUUAAUAAGAAUCAAAUUAAAUUAAUAAACUAUUUGUAUCUGCCCUAACUUUUUAGCCCGUGGGUCAUCAUCGUCUACUUAAUUAGGCAUAUAGUAUUUCAUAAACUUUAAAAUCUUUUUGUAAUUUUUAAGCAAGCAUAUCUCUUCAACCCCCUCCCCAACAAUCCAUUGAAAAUGGUAAAUAUAAUUCUUUUUAUAAUUAAAAGAUGAUCCGGAUUUUUAAGUUUAACAUCCGACGAUUUUCAGUUAGAUACACACUUUAGAGUUUAUGUUUCUAUAAUAAAUGGUCGUUUCUCUAUACUAUACAUUGCAUAGGUGGAAGUGAAGUCUUCGAUUAGGGGCAGAGCAUUCUCACAUGGGGAAUGAAUCUCUGUAACUCACAUCGAAUAGUUAAAUUAUUAUUUAAAAUAUGACAAAUUGGCAAUUCUCAAUAUCUAAUUAUCUAUAUAAUAUGUGAAGAGAAUUUUUGUUUGGAUUCUAAGAAUUAGUGUCACGGAAUUUUGGAUGAUUCUUAUAGAAUAAUAUAGUCCAGAAUACUCUACGAAUGGUCUCAAAAUACAAUUGUCAUUAAUUAUUUAAUAUACAACAUUUCCACACAGUCGAACCAAAAGUCGUGACACAUGAAGUAAUAAUCAAGUUAAUUAGUCCACCAUUUGAAGAUAUAUUGUUGAUUAAGAGUAAUUUUUUCAAAUUCAAUUUUCGUGUUUGAUUAUUUUAAAAUAUGCAGUACAUAAAAUUAAAUGGUACGAAAUCAAGUUUUGAUUCCAAAAUUGUAAGCAUUUUAAAAUGAGUAACUAAUAUAUAGAAAAAAAUUCAAUAUCUAAAUUACUAAAACCCUUCUCCAAUGGAUAAAUUUUAAUUUCUUAAUUGGAAUGAGGAAAUCCUAACAUCAUGUUUUAGUUUUAUUUUAUUUAAAGGUAAACAACUAUCUUACAUAAAAAUUUGUGUUACUUUGGAAAUAAAUUGUUUUAUUAACUUUAGAAUAAUAACAUUAUUAAAUUCUUUAAAAUUCUUAUUGCCUAUAGAAUCACAGGAAGCAUUAAUUAUUAUUAUUUUUGGUUUGACAACUAGAUAUCGUUAAGAUGUGCCUAAACAAGUUGACCUUCGCAUCUUUGAGCUUCCACUAAAGAAAAUGGUAGCCUAUGCAACCUAUUAAUUAUGCAUCUACAUGUCACCGCCAGUUCCCGUCUUCGACACUUCCCUCUGACAUCAAAGAAGAAGAACUUACAAAGACCAAUACAAUUCGUAUAUAAAAACAUCACCAAUUAAAUUAUGCAUAUACAUGAAAUUAAACCUCGUUCGCCACCUAACCAACUAACCAUGUAUUAAUUAUUGGUUCAUAUCACGAGUUUCUCAUAUUACUAUGAGAUUAUUUUUUUCGAAUGUGAGAUUACUUACACAACACUGCAAAAAUCAUUUAUCUCGAUUAAAUCUAUAUAUAUAUAAAAAUGUGUCUCUCUCCUGAGAGAGCCACGUCACUAAGUCGCUCAUUCUCAGGACGACACCUGUCCUAACGCUUAAAACUUUGCGUUUCAUUAAAUAACCAUCGACAUUUAUUGGGCUUAGUGAGAUUGGUCUUCAGGCUUUACCCGAGUGACAGAGCCCAAUAUUGGUCUACCGCGUCUGAUCAAAAAUUAGGGUUCUAAAGAUUUUUUUUUCCGCCAUUCGAGCGAUGGGGUUGGUGAAGUCGACGAGCUUAAUCCGUUCCGAGAGUUUUGAUUGCGCCGGUUGAGAUUCUUCUUCAUCAGUGGAAACGCUUCCUCUUUUUUAUAAAUAUAGAUUGGAAUUGGAAUGGCAAAGGUUACGGAGGCGGCAGAGUUAGGCCAUAUGUACGGUCUCCGGUGCCUCGACUCAGAUGGACGCCGGAGCUCCACCGUUGUUUCCUUAACAGGGUCGAUAUGCUUGGUAGCCAAAAUAGUACGUUUCUUCAAUCUUUCAAGAAAAAUAAAACCUUUUGUUACUUUGUUUUAUUCAAGUUUUUGAAGGAAAGCUUCACACUUUUUGCUAUUUUCUUUUGUGGACUUGCUACUUUGUUUCAUUUUUAUAUCUUUAAGUUUGAGUUUUUGGAUCAUUUUAAAAUAUAUUGGAUUUUGCUCAUUCUUUAUUUUCACCAUCUUAAAGAAUCACCCCUUAGCCAAGUUUUUUUUGUGAUAGUUCUGCACUUCAAGCGCCAAAACGGAUAGUCUUCUUUCUUCCUCUUCUCCUCUCAAUGAUUAUGUACUUUGUGUUUUUACAAGACUAUUAAAGACUACUGAUUACUUCUUUAAUCUACAGUUUGUGUAUGUUGUUAAUAACAAACUCUGUCCCUGAUUUUAGGUUAAAUAAAGGGUUAAAGAGACUUAGAAGAGUUGGUUCUGUAUAAUAGAAAAUGUGUGUUUGCCUAUGAUGGCUCACACUUUUUACUCAUUUGUUUUAUCCAUAUGUCUUCAAGUUUGGAUUUGUUGGGGAAUUUCUACAAAGUAUGAACAUUCUAUCAUUGUUUGUCUUCAUUAUCAUAAAGAAAUAUCUUGGGCAAGUUGGUGAACUUUUGCUACUUUGUUUCAUUCAUACAUAUUAAAGUUCGGAGCUUUUUGGAUAUUUCUUAAAAAGAUUGAAAAUUUCUCAUUAUUUUCUGACAUCGUCCGUCAAGAAUAGUUUUCAUCAAGUCUCUGAACCAAGCUCACAAGUCACACUUUUGCUAUUAUGUUUCAUGCUCUAUAAACUAUUAGUUACUCAUUACUUUUUUCAUGAAUAGUCAUCAUAAAGAAUCAUCAUUAUCACCUUUUUAAUCUUUUGAUACUACUUUGUUUAGUUUAGUUCUACUGAUUUUCAGAGCAAAUUUUUGUUUUCUUUUUCCUCAAAGCAACGUCCAGAGCACACUUUUAUUAUGAUCAACAAACUCAAGCCGGCAAGAACUUUCUUAAAGUUUAAGAAAGUCCAACCUCAUCCUAAUAUUUCAACUCUCUUGCAACUGUUGUUUUAUUCCCUCUAGGCUAGGUGGGUCUUGGUCUGGCUCAUAUAGUCAUAUAUGUCUUUGUUUCCCCACCUCUGACUGGUGAGUUCCUUAGCAAAGCCAAAUUCAGUGAAAUUGAGACAAGCAAUGGAUGGUGCUCCUUCUCCUGUUCUAAUUGCUAUCAAAAGCUACAGCAGGGUUUCACAUCUUUUACAUGCUCAAGAUGUAAUGAUGAUGAUGCUAUUGGAGUUGUGGUUAGCUUACGUAGGUAAUGUAUUUUCACAGUAAUUGCAGAGAUUGUUUCCUCAUCCAAUGAUCUUUUAACCAUGUCAUUGUAAAGGAUCGUCUACAAUAUUGUCAUCAUUACAUCUUUAACAUAUAGUAUGAGCUUAGAUAAAUAAA